UUGUCCUUUUUAAUUGCAGUGUCCAUGAGCACGGCUUCGGGUUCUCCUGGUUUUAAGGGAAUCCUCUUGCAAAUGAGGCAAGUAGACAAUGAUGGCAUUGUAGGGUCUUGGAAUGUGUCGGCCUCAGAUACGAACUUCCAGGCCAGGUCAUGUGACGGAGCGAGUAACAACGUGGUGACGCAUAGGAACAAUGCCGUCAAAGGUGUGACGAAUGAGUUUGUGUGGACUGCGCCUACAACUAAAAUAUCUGAUGUCAAGGUCGUAGCUACAUUUGUGCAAGCAUAUCAAACAUUUUGGGUAAAGGUCCAAGGACCUACCAUUCAGAAUGUAAACCCCUGCGAUCCUAACCCUUGUCUGAGCGGUGGCACAUGUCAACAGAAUGGUGGAGGAUUCACGUGUAUCUGUCCUCCUCUCUUCGCUGGUCCGAUCUGUCAUCUCAUUGAUGUAAACCCCUGCGAUCCUAACCCUUGUCUGAGCGGUGGCACAUGUCAACAGACUGGUGGAGGAUUCACGUGUAUCUGUCCUCCUUCCUUCGCUGGUCCGAUCUGUCAUCUCAUUGGUGAGAAUGAUAUUACAUAAUUGUAAUGAUUAUGAUGAUGACUAUGAUGAUUUUAUAUUGUUUCAUGUCAUUUAGUCUUUAUUUCACAAAC